AUGUCGCCAAAUGGACAUACAGGUAGAGGUAUUAAUAGGCGUAAGGGCAUAGCUCGAGGGGGAAUGAGAGUUGAGUCCCCUUCACUGCAGUCGACUCCACACUCGCAGCCUAGUCCUUCAUCAUUUAGGCUUUCUACCCCGACUCCAGAGCAUACUGCUGCCUCCACAGAUGAGGCAAAUCAGGUAGCUAGCCCAUCACCCCUCCCUACACCCGGUGUUGACUCUUUCACUGCGACAAUGUCUAGUGGUGCAUUGAUGCUUCCCGUAUGGGGGAGCAAAGAUCCUGCUGAUGAGUUGAUAUGGAUACGCCCCAUGGGAACGGCGUUUGACCCUCCAUAUGUGGUGCGAGAAAUAACUGACAUCGUAAAAAGUAACUUUAAUACAAGUUGGCUCUCAUAUGGAGAGGUUCGCAAGGCAGUGGGAGACAACUGGUAUAAACAAUUUAGGAAAAUGUAUAAAUGUGUUCCACAGCAUGAGGUUCUUAUGCAAAAGACAUUUCAUCACAAAGCAUCGUAUUUAUUGUCACAUCAUUUGCACAAGGUUCGGGUAGGUACGGAGAGAGGGACAUGGAUUAAAUCAGAUAUUUUACCACAGCUGCAGGAGAAAUGGGCCUUAGCAAGCUGGCAAAGAAGGUCUCAGAAAAACAAACAAAAUAGAUCAAAAUACGAAGGACCUGCACAUGUUGGAGGUUCUAUCCCAGCAACGGAAAUUAAGAAGAGAUUGAGGAUGGAUCCUACUAUAAAUCCAGAGUCAUUAUCUUGGGAGGUAUUUAAGAAGAUGCACUUAGUUAAAUCAGAUGGCUUAUGGGUUAAUGAGAAGGCAAAGGGAUAUGCUGAGGACUUUUUGAAGCGAAGGACUGAUCGUGACAAUGCAUUGGAGGCUGGGGCAGAGGCAUCCACAUGUCAAUCUGAUGAAGUGCUAUUAUUGCAGGCUGUUGGUGGUAUGAACAAGAAAGGUCGAAUAUAUGGUUUAGGUGCAGAGGCGUGGAAUUAUAAGUCCACAAAGAUUUCUGCUAGCUUGUCAGGAGUCUCCACAGAUGAGUAUGAUCACAUGAGAGACUUGGUCACCAGCUUAUCCAGCCAAAAUGAGCAGCUGAAGCAGAAAUAUGAGAACACGCAACAACAAAUGACUGUUAUGAAAAAGAAAACAGACCAAGAGAUGGCAAUUAUGAAAGAGAAAACAGACCGAGAGAUGGCAAUUAUGAAAGAGCAACUGGCGAUGUUGAUGGCUCGUUUAGGAGGAGAUGUGCGCACCUCCACUACUACUACUUCGGCACUAGAUGCACAGAGUGAUGAUUAUGAUGAUUAUAGUGAUGUUCAGUUGCAUGAUGAUAAUUGA